AUGCCUUUCGGAUUGGGCAAGAAGAAGCCCAGCGGCGACGCCAAGCCUACGGCGACGGCCGAGGUAACAGACACGACCACGACGACACAAGUAGAUCAGGCCUCUCACAAUGGCGACAGCGACGACAUAUCGAGCGUCUCGACGCACCCAAGGGAGGAGAACAAUACGGUCACCAAGACGGUGUCGCGGGCGUCCACCACCCACGAAUACCCAGAGGGCCUCCGCCUUGCCUUGUUAUUGAUAUCCAUCUUUAUUAGCAUGUUCUUGGUUGCCCUAGACAGACUGAUUAUAUCGACGGCCAUUCCUCGUAUCACAGACGAUUUCAAAUCUCUGCAAGAUGUGGGCUGGUAUGGAUCCGCCUACCUGCUCACAACGGCUUCCUUUCAGUUGAUGUUUGGCAAAGUCUACACAUUCUUUUCAGUCAAGUUGACAUUUAUGGCCGCCGUGUUUCUAUUUGAGGUGGGCUCCGCCAUCUGCGGCGCCGCUCCCAGCUCGACCGUCUUCAUCGUGGGCCGCGCCGUCGCUGGUGUGGGAGCCGCCGGAAUCUUUUCCGGUGUCAUUAUCAUCAUUGUCUACGCCGUACCACUACACAAGCGACCGUUGUAUCAGGGCCUCUUUGGUGCCGUAUUCGGUCUCGCAUCCGUCAUUGGACCCCUCGUCGGCGGCGCCUUCACCUCCAACGUCUCAUGGCGGUGGUGUUUCUACAUCAACCUGCCCAUUGGCGGCGUUGCCCUGGUUGUCAUUGCCUUUUUGCUCUCGCUGCCUGACCGCGAGACUACCAAGCUGCCCCUCGGACAGAAGCUCGCGCAGCUCGACGCCGUCGGCACCCUCCUCUUGAUCCCCGGCGUCGUCUGUCUCCUGCUCGCCCUCCAGUGGGGAGGUCUCCAGUACGCCUGGAACAGCGGUCGCGUCAUUGCCUGUCUCACGCUGGGCAUUGCCCUCCUCGUUGGCUUCUGCGUUGUGCAGGUCUACAUGCCCAAGACGGCGACUUUGCCGCCGCGCAUCUUCAAGCAGCGUAGUAUCCUGGCUGGUUUCUGGGCGACGCUGUGUAUUGGCUCGCAAAUGAUGAUCUUUAUCUACUUCCUGCCCAUUUGGUUCCAAGCCAUCAAAGAGGUCUCGGCCGUCGACUCGGGCAUCCGUCUGCUCCCUCUAACCCUGGCCAUGGUGGUGGCGUCCAUGUCGACCGGUAUCCUCACGUCCAAGAUUGGCUACUACACCCCGUUCCUGAUUGCGGGCACCUGCGUCAUGUCCAUUGGCGCGGGCCUGCUGACGACGCUCGAGGUCGACACGGGCUCGGGCAAGUGGAUCGGGUACCAGAUCCUCUACGGCUUCGGCAUGGGCCUGUCGUUCCAGGCGCCCAACCUGGCGGCGCAGACGGUGCUGCCCACGCGCGAUGUGCCCAUUGGCACCUCGCUCAUGUUCUUCAGCCAGCUGCUGGGCGGCGCCAUCUUCAUCUCGGUCGGCGAGAACGUGCUCAACACGCAGCUGGUCAGCCGCCUCAGCACCCUGCCCAACUUUAACGUCGGCCUCGUCAUUGACAAUGGCGCCACGGCCCUCACCUCGUCGGUCCCCGCCAGCCUGCUGCCCCAGGUCCUGGUGAGCUACAAUGAGGCCCUGCGCAAGUGCUUCCAGAUUGGCCUCGCCAUGUGCUGUCUCACCAUUCUCGGUGCCGCGGCCAUGGAGUGGCGGAGCGUCAAGCAAAAGAAGCCGGUCAAGACAUCGGCGGCUGCUUCUGCUGAUGCUGAUGCCGAAAAGGGCGAAAAGGCCCAAGAACCCGAGGACGAGGAGAUUGCCCGGGUGGCGUCUAGGGGCAUCACGAACCAAACGGCCGCAGCAGCUGCACAACUGCCAGCCAAGAUCAUCGAGUAA